AUUCGAGGAAGGUGAAGGAAUAACAGCGGUAUUGGAGGAUAUUGGCUGCCGUGUAAUGAUGCGAUCUGCUCCAUCUUGCUCGAAGCUUCUGAGGACGUGCGUUGGACGUCUAACACCAUUCUUCGCCAGAUACCCGCUUUCUGCCAUGCAGUCGUAGCAAUGUGAGGCCGAUCAUCGCACAUGAUGCUUGGUAUGUCGAGACUCCAAUAUACGACGAGCAGACAAGUUCAAGGGGUAAUUUAGAUACAUUGAGUUCUGCUUCCCAAUUUGACGACAGCUUUGACAACUUCUGAGAACAUUCUUUCGACACUGAAAAUCACCUGCAUUGUGAUAUUCCAGCGCACUAGCCGCAGCCCAUUCAUCAUUUCUCGAGUUCACAACGCCGCCGUCCGCUCUUCAACCCUCUGGAACUCAAGGCACUCCUCCCUUGGUAUUCCCUUUGGCGCUGUCAGCUGCAAAGGUGUUCGGUGCCUGUUUCACGAGAACGACAAGAGGUCACCAGUCGGAAAUGGGUGUCUUACGGAGACCCGAAGAAGGUUGCUGAGCUGACCAAAUAUCCAGUUGCGUGUGAAAGCUCGGUUUGAAGUGCCAACUGAUCAUCACGUUUGGGCCAUCGAGAAAACGACAUCGGCACAUAAAUCAUCAUGACCGUCACAACUCGUUAUGGGACAAUUAAGUACGCUCGGUUGAAAAAGUGUCAGAUUUCCAUGUUCUCGAAGGCACCCGAUCAAUCUGCGUCACUACGACGGUGAUGCGGAACAUAGGAAAUGCUUGUCUCCGAAGGGGUCGCCUUCCAAGUAUUUGUGUCAAAAGGUGGGCGCACGCGAUGUUCUUUCUUUGUCUGUGAAAGGUAGCCUAACCAGAUCCAUCAGUAUUCUACGUAAGAACAGAUUCUGAGGCUUACCCCUGCGGAAUGAAUAACUUGUACCUUUCAGGUGUUUAUCAAAUGGUUAGAGUCGAAACAAUCCAGAACGUCAAAUCCUGUGCAGGGUUUGAUAGUAUAAAAGGGAUACCUCGAAUAUAUCAUUACAUCCCCAUCCCUUUUCCCCUACAAGUCCCCAUACCUUAGAGAUGGCCAUCUCUAAGGCUCUUUCCGUGGCUUUUGCCCUCUCUGUCACUCCUUUUACACUCGCUACAACUCACACCCACACUCGUUCUACAAACACUUUCAGACAUCGUCGUCAGACAAUCCCCGCGACGCUUCCUGGCAACUGGACCUCUCAGGGCUGCUACACCGACAAUGUCGGAGGCGUAGGAAAAUCGUUGACCGUGGCGUCUUUCACGGAUGGCACCGCGAUGACCAUCGAAAAAUGCAUAUCUUUCUGCGAUUCUAAAAAUCUCAUCUAUGCUGGUGUAGAGUAUUCUGCCGAAUGCUAUUGUGAUAACAACAUUCACUUCGGUGUCAAAGUUGCAGCAACUGACUGUAACAUGGCAUGUAGCGGCAAUGCCAACGAAGUAUGUGGAGCAGGGAACCGGCUCAAUGUCUUCUGGAGCGGUAAAACCCCGCCUGCACCCCCUACUACGGUCCCUAAGGUUGGGAAUUGGUCUUCUCUUGGAUGCUACGGUGACAAUGUGAAUGGUCAAGGCCGAACACUUACCCAUGGGAUGGCCAUGACAACUCCAACCACCAUCGAAGAAUGUUCAUCGUCGUGUUUCAAAGCCGGUUAUCGAUUCGCUGGUACUGAGUUUGGUGGUGAAUGCUAUUGUGACACUUCCAUCUCAAACGGCGGCGUUCAAACCCCCCUUACUGAUUGUAACAUGCCAUGUGCCGGCAACACUUCGCAGUUUUGUGGCGGUCCUAACCGAUUGAAUUUGUACAAUUAUACCGGAACCGAUCUUCCUCCUGUGAAUGGAGGCGGUGGUGGUGGUGGUAAUACCAACGUUUUCCCAGUGACAACUGGGCUUCCCACCCCUUGGAAGUACGGAGGGUGCUAUGUUGAUAAUGCACACGGACGUAUCUUCGAAACCGAAAUUGGACCGAGUCCAACCAAUACCAUCCAGUCCUGUAUUGCCGCUUGUAGUGCCAAGAAUUUCACCGUCGCAGGAAGCGAAUUCGCUGACGAGUGCUUCUGUGGAAACAGAUUAGUGAACGGUGCUGUACUCGGUGAUGCAUCGACUUGUAACAUGGGCUGUGCAGGCAACGCGACACAAGCUUGUGGUGGUGCCAACCGUUUGUCUGUAUAUUCCACCGGAAAUAUCACAGCCCUUCCUAUCGCAGUGGCCAAGAAUUCCAGUCUUCCGGGUAACUGGACCUAUGCAGGAUGUCACACUGACACCAAUACUCGAGUUCUCCAAUGGCAAAACAUUUGGCCAACCAAUAACACGGCCGAGAACUGCCUGAAUCAAUGCGCGGCAUUCGGAUAUACCGCUGCGGGAAUGGAAUAUGGUCAGGAGUGCUAUUGCGGUGAUGUCGAAGAUAUCACGACAAAUGGAUCGGCGGCGUCACCAGAGACCGAAUGUAACAUUCAAUGUCCUGGAGAUCCUCUUCACUUGUGCGGUGGAGGUUUGAGAUUGCAACUGUACACUUGGCAAGGUCAGUUCAAUGUUUGGAAUCGGCCUACCAAUAUUGGGCGAUACGAAUUCUUCGGUAAGGGUAUUGAUGGACUCGAACUGCCCACCCUCUCACUGUAUUCCUACCAACUUCUUGUUUAG